UGAAACAUUUCCAAGGAUUUUAGACAACACACUGCAGCACAUCUAUCACUUUAACGUGCGUGAUUGUCACUGACUGGAAUUUAGAGCAGCCAGGAGAAAAUCAUUUUUUUCUUUAUCAACACACAGAGAAAACAAGUUUCCUACCUCUGUAAGUGAGAAGAAGCAAGACUCUGAUGGUUAUGAUGCCUGGAAACGAGUCCCUUCCAUCAACGUGAAGCUCAGACCUCAUUCUCUCUGCCUGUCCCAGGGAGCAGCCAGCCUCGACCAUGGGUGAGAAUGACGCUGAGAAACAGAGUCAAGCUGGUCAACUGUUUGAGAACUUUAUACAGGCAUCAACGUUCAAAGCCACCCUCCAGGCUUUCAACAUCCUCUGCCGUUACCUGGAGCUCGAUCCUCUGGACCAUUGGAUCUUCUACUCAAAGCUAAAGUCCAAAGUGAACUCAUGGAAGGCCAAAGCUCUGUGGAGUAAACUUGACAAGCAAGCCAACCACAAAGACUACAGGAAGGGCAAAGCAUGCAACAACAUAAAUUGUCUCAUCAUCGGCGGAGGUCCGUGUGGACUGCGGACCGCCAUAGAGCUGGCGUUCCUCGGAGCCAAAGUGGUGUUGGUGGAAAAGAGGGACUCGUUCUCCAGAAACAAUGUCCUGCACCUGUGGCCGUACACCAUCCACGACCUGCGAGCGCUCGCUGCCAAAAAGUUUUGCGGCAAAUUCUGCGCAGGAACUAUAGACCACAUCAGUAUUCGGCAGCUGCAGCUGAUCCUGACGAAGGUGGCGCUGCUGCUGGGGGUGGAAAUCCACGUCAACGUGGAGUUCGUGCAACUCCUGGAGCCUCCUGAGGAUCAAGAAAACCAAAGAAUCGGCUGGAGAGCUGAGGUUCGUCCGAUGGAUCAUCCAGUGUCCAAUUUUACGUUCAAUAUCAUUGUCGGAGCAGAUGGACGGAGAAACAGUUUACAAGGUUUUCGAAGAAAAGAAUUCCGUGGGAAAUUGGCCAUCGCGAUUACUGCCAACUUUGUGAACCGGAACACGACAGCGGAGGCCAAAGUGGAGGAGAUCAGCGGUGUUGCCUUCAUCUUCAAUCAAAAAUUCUUCCAGGACCUGAGAGAGGAAACGGGGAUUGACCUGGAGAACAUUGUUUACUAUAAAGAUAACACUCAUUACUUUGUGAUGACGGCCAAGAAGCAGAGUUUAUUGGAUAAAGGAGUCAUUAUCCAUGAUUACAUUGACACAGAGAUGCUCCUCUGCAGUGAAAAUGUGAGCCAGGAGGCCCUUCAGUCUUACGCCAGAGAAGCCGCUGACUUUGCCACCAACUACCAGCUGCCUUCCUUGGACUUUGCAAUAAACCACAUCAAUCAGCCUGAUGUGGCAAUGUUUGAUUUUACCUGCAUGUACGCGUCUGAGAAUGCGGCUCUGGUGCGAGAGAGACACAGUCACCGGCUGUUGGUCGCUCUGGUUGGAGACAGUUUACUGGAACCGUUCUGGCCAAUGGGCACAGGCUGUGCCCGUGGGUUCCUGGCUGCAUUGGACACAGCGUGGAUGGCAAAGAGGUGGGCACAGAGCGUCCCCCCUCUGGAGAUCCUGGCCGAGAGAGAAAGUAUCUAUCGACUUCUACCUCAGACCACACCUGAGAACAUCAGCAAGAACUUUGAGCAGUACACCAUCGACCCCGGGACACGAUACCCAAACCUCAACUCAAACUGUAUCCAGCCUCACCAGGUUCAUCAUUUGUACAUCACGACUGAGCUAAAGGACUGCCCGUUAGAGCGAGCAAACUCCAUUCGCAAAUCUAUCAAACUUUCCCGCCAUGAAUCUGAGAUUCGUCCUAAUCGACUAUUAACCUGGUGUCAGAAGCAAACCGAGGGCUAUGAGAAUGUGACCAUCACUGAUCUGACCAGCUCUUGGAAGAGUGGGCUCGCACUUUGUGCCAUCAUCCAUCACUUCUGCCCCCAUCUCAUUGAUUUUGACUCUCUGAAUGAGGAGGAUGCUGCCAAGAACAACCAGUUGGCAUUUGACCUCGCGGAGCAGCAGUUUGGAAUCUCGCCCAUCACCACUGGCAAGGAGAUGGUGGCCGUGAGCGAGCCGGACAAGCUGAACAUGGUCAUGUACCUGUCCAAGUUUUACGAACUAUUCAGGGGCACUCCACCCCUGGCUGCCUCAAUUAAGGAUAGAGAAGGCGGCAACGAAAUGUCUGCAGCUCCAUUUAGACAAUCCAACUUGUUCCGCCUCCGAAACCUGUCAUUGCCAAGGAAACGUACACCAAAGGAAGAACGAAAGCCCGAAGAGAAUGACACCAUGAGCAAAAGGCGGAAAAGGACCAGCAUUAAGCUGGAGGAGAACCAAGCUAUUUACUCCAGGAGCAACGGGACUGAGAUGAAAAACGCCACAAAUCAAAAUAAAGUCAGAUCCAUGGCCACCCAGCUGCUGGCCAAGUUUGAAGAAAAUGCACCGAGCGCAGCUCUGAGGCGGCAGGAAUCCAUGCCUUCAAACCCAAUGACUCCCCCGCUGUCCCGGGGCUCAGUGGCCAGUUACACCAACCCUCGCUUUGCCAAACCUCAGGACCAAACCCACGGUGCUUCUCGACCACCAGCAAGGCAGUCCCAGCCUACUCCCAGCUCCGAUCGCCCACCCAGAGACCCUAAACAUGUCACUAAGCCUGAUGGUGAGGCUGCGUCAGCUAAGCCCCUUGCCCUGGGCUCCUGCUCUCGCUCUCUCUCUGUUCGUGCUCUCUCUGGCGUGCUUCAGCGGCUGCAGCGCCUGGAGGAAAGGUUUGACCAGAGGAAGGCGAGGUCCCUAACACAAAGUGAUGUCCCUUUUAGCAGAAGGAGCAUAAAGGAGAGAGCAGCUCAUCUCACGGCAUUGUUUGGGGGCAGGUCCCUCAGCCAACAGCUGCCUGUGUCUGGCCCAAACACAUCUCAUUCUUCCUCCAACACUUUUCGUUCCACUCAUGACUCAGCUAUGGUUUCCUCUCCAGUCUCUGCUCUGGCUCCUGCUCCUCACGCACAGAUGGAUGAGGUAAAGAUCACUGCCAGCAAAUUAGAAAAGAUGCUUUUAGACCGAAAGGACCAGCAAGUUAGUCAGAUGAAAAAUGGAAAUGUGGCAUUCCCACACUCUGUCUCUCCUCCUUUGCUCUGCCACUCGGGCAACCCUCCAGCUUGUCAGCCUCGUCCUGCUCACCUGCCCUGUCACAGCCAGAUGACGGUGGGGAAAGUAUCAGCUGUGAUUGGGGCAAUGGCUGAAGUGCUUGUGACUCUUUAUCAGAAUGAUCACAGACCUAAACCAGACACAGCCCCACCGGAUCGGGCGUCGCUGAGGAAAGAGUUUCCGCAGAACCUCGGGGGCAGCGACGUGUGUUACUUCUGUAACAAACGUGUUUAUGUCAUGGAGAGGCUCAGCGCGGACGGCAAGUUCUUUCACAGAGAAUGUUUCAAGUGCGAGUUCUGCCAAACCACUCUGCGCCUGGGAGCCUACGCCUUCAGCCUGGAGGAAGGGAAGUUUUACUGCAAACCUCACUUUGCUCACUGUAAAUCCAAUAACAAACUGAGGAAGAGACGAGCGGAUUUCCCUGUAUCCUCGCGCACAAAGAGUCCGCUUACCUUUAAGAAUGAGAAUCGAGGAAUAUUUAUCCCCAUUUCAUUUCACCCUAAAGUGUUGUAAUGUUAAUGGAAGUUCAUAAUUUCACCCAAGUUUGCAGUUGUGCAAAUAUAUGUAAAUCCGUCAAAAAAAAAAGUGUAUUUAAAACGUACUACAUAUACGGUCCUGUGUUUUUGCACACAAUGAACCAUGUCAUUCAAGCAUUAUUUAUGAUACCAAAGGCUGUAAGCAAAUAAUAAAUGGAAUAGUUGCUUUGUGAAGUA